AUGGCCAACAUCGCACCUCAACCCAGCGGCCCGGCCGAGUGGCAGAAGUACGCCAGCUCGGAUGCUGUAGCCUCUAUUCCUCUGCAAGCAGAUGAUACUGUGGGCAGCGGUGGCGCGAACAUUGCAAUCCACCGCGGAGUCUUUCUGGACGCUUCAGAGGCCCUCGAGGACGGCAUGCACAACUUGUACAUCUACGCCGAUGUCCUUGCCUUCAUGAACAAAGACAUCACCAUAAGUCCAGCCAAGAACGGCAUCGUCCAGAUCAUCUCCCGUGUUCUGACGGCGGAUCAGCCCGUCACUUUGCGAGUCCCCCCUGGCGAUGCGGCCACCAGCGCCAUUUCCAUCUACGCACCGGUGCUGGACCAGCCGAUCUCGGUCUGCACAGGGGAUUCCGAACCACAGGUGCUCAACCUGGGACCAGGUACCGACAAUGUCGGGGUGGUUAUCGUCUUCGACGAUGGGGAAGUGCUUCUCGAUUACCAGAAGAAGUAUCCCGAUGACAACCAUGCCGAGCUGCAGGCCAGCCUCGAGACGGAGCUGCGCAUCGCGCUGGCCCAGUUCUGGAAGAACAGUUCCAUUGCCAUCUCCAUCUGCUCGUACGUGGCGACCAUCACGGAGAACCAAAAGUCGUACCAGAUGCUCAACACACAGGCCGUGGCGCUGGGCCAGCAGCUUGCGGGCCGGGUCAUAGCGGGCAAAGACAUGACAUAUGCCCCUGUGCUGGUAUUGGACCAGUAUAAGGAGACCAUGGAGCAGGCAUUGACUGCUGCAACGAGCUUCCAGGACCUGUACAACCAUUACCAGGACAGGUCGCAGUCGCUGGAGGUGCAGAUCGAGGCGUGGAGGAAGAUGCUGGAUGAGGCUAUUGCGAACCAGACAAUGCAGGGUAAUCUGUGUCAAUCGGCCUAUGACAAGUACCACAGCGCUACCCAGACAGCUUCUAGCUGCGGCCAACAGUUUACACUGGAUAACGGACACUUGAAGUUGGCGCAGAUAGACUUUGAGUCGGGAGUCGAGAAGUGGAAGAUUGAGCAGAAGUACCAGGCUAUCUGGCAGAUCUUCAAGGCCAUCAUCACCUUUGCCGUCAAUAUUGCGGUAAUGUGUAUCGGCGACCCAGCCGGAGUCGGCCAGGCAGGGGAAGCCGUAAACGGCGCGGUGGAAGCUGUUGAAGAAGCAGAAGAAAUUGCCGACCAAGUUGCAGCAGAGGUGACCUCUGGAACGCUGGAGAGACUCAAGGAGGUGGUCGAGGCCCUGGACACGCUCUACCCGUCCGUAUCAGACAUGGUAGAUGCGAUCAAGGACCUCGGGAUCGACCCUACCGUCGACAUUCCCUCCAUUGCAGACAUUACAGGCACGACUCAGGGCGAUGCAGACUCUGCAGCAAUCGUCACCAUGGCAGCAUGGGACACCUGGAUUCUUGAGUCGGACAAGCAGAUGAAGUUUGCCCUGGACAACGAGAUUGAGGGCGCAGCUGAAUACCAGCUUGCUCUGCGUAAACACGCCAUCAACGGCAAACAGCUGGCCCAGGCCCAGGCCGAGGCAAUCAAGGCCGGCUACGAGUACGUUCAGGCCCAGAUGGAAGUCGUCCGCUGUAACAAGCAGGUGACAGAUCUCCAGAGCCUGCUGGAUGAGUUUGAGGGUCAAGAGGACAUCUACCGCGAAGCUGAAGCCAAGCUCUAUGAUAGGCUCAUGGCGCUGAGGACGGGCGUUGUGAUUGAGUUGCAGAACAUGAUCUGGGCAUAUCGGUACUGGGCUCUUGAGGACAGCAAGAUUGUCCCUGAUUCUACCAAGCCUAUUGAGGAGUACGAGAGCGAUCUCUACCAGAUAUCUAAAGAUAUGGAGACGAUCGAUGAGCAGUAUCCGAGCGACUUUCAAGACUUUUCGUACCCUGACGUGAGCGAAGAUCUUCCCCUCAAUUUCGGCCAGAUGCUCGUCCAAGGCCUCAAAAGCGAGACACACACCGGCAGCUUCACUCUAAGCCCCGAGGAAGCCCUCGCAGGAUCCUUCUACGGAGGUAACCACUACCGCCUGAGCGGCCUGGAUCCCACCCUCAGGGGCGCUCUCCCCAAUCCCUCCGCUACCAAGAGCGCAGACGGCAUGGUGAUUGUUCAGCUGCAAAUCACCACGUCCGGCAUCUACCAGGAUGUCCAAAGGGGUGAGAUCUUGCGCUUUGCGAGUCUUCCCCAGACGCGUCGGUGCUCGUACGAGCUCAAGGCAGAUGGGACAAGGGGCGAGACGAGGGAUGAUCCUAUCUUUGAGACAAAGAAUCAUGCUGAGCCUACACCGUUCACGCAGUGGAAGAUCAAGUUGCUGAACCCGGAGGAUGUGGACUUGAGUAGGUUGGUGGGCGUUGAUUUGCACUGGAAGGGACAUGUUCGAUAUGACCCCCAGCGGCGGCCUGGAGGAGGCCAUGAGCAGUCCUAG